GUGGCUGUUGCGGCUCCGAUGUAAAGCAGUACGUGUACGGAGGCUGGGCCUGGGCUUGGUGGUGCAUUACUGACACCCAAAGACUGUCUUUGGAGGUUAUGACCAUCCUCUGUCGCUGUGAGAAUAUUGAGACGUCGGAGGGGGUCCCACUGUACGUAACGGGGGUUGCACAGGUGAAGAUAAUGACCGAGAAGGAGCUCUUGGCUGUGGCCUGUGAGCAGUUCUUGGGGAAGAACGUGCAGGAUGUGAAGAACGUGGUCCUUCAGACACUGGAGGGGCAUCUGCGCUCCAUCUUAGGUACCCUGACAGUGGAGCAGAUCUACCAGGACAGGGAUCAGUUUGCCAAGCUGGUGCGGGAGGUGGCAGCUCCCGAUGUGGGUCGUAUGGGUAUCGAGAUCCUGAGCUUCACCAUCAAGGAUGUCUAUGAUAAAGUGGAUUACUUGAGCUCCCUGGGAAAGACUCAGACCGCGGCUGUCCGAAGGGAUGCUGACAUCGGUGUGGCAGAAGCCGAGCGAGAUGCUGGCAUUCGGGAGGCAGAGUGCAAGAAGGAAAUGCUGGAUGUCAAGUUCAUGGCAGAUACCAAAAUAGCAGAUUCCAGACGGGCUUUUGAAUUGCAGAAAGCUGCCUUCAAUGAGGAGGUCAACAUGAAGACUGCAGAGGCCCAGCUGGCCUAUGAGCUCCAGAGCGCCCGGGAGCAGCAGAAGAUCCGCCAGGAGGAAAUUGAAAUCGAGGUGGUGCAGCGGAAGAAGCAGAUCGAUGUCGAAGAGAAGGAGAUCAUCCGGAUGGAGAAGGAGCUGAUCGCCACCGUGAAGCGGCCGGCUGAGGCCGAAGCCUACCGAAUCCAGCAGAUCGCCGAGGGCGAGAAGGUGAAGCAGGUCCUCAUUGCUCAGGCGGAGGCAGAAAAGAUCCGCAAGCUUGGAGAAGCAGAGGCCUUUGUGAUUGAGGCCAUUGGGAUGGCGGAGGCUGAGAGGAUGAAGCUGAAAGCUGAAGCACUCCAGAAGUACGGGGACGCUGCCCAGCUGGCUCUAGUGCUGGAUGCGCUGCCUGAGAUCGCUGCCAAAGUGGCUGCUCCCCUCUCCAAAGUGGAUGAGAUAGUUAUUCUCAGCGGAGAGAGCAGCAGCACAACAUCCGAGGUGAACCGCCUGCUGGCUGAGAUCCCUGCCUCCGUACGUGCCAUCACCGGCGUGGAUCUCACAAAGAUUCCCCUGAUCCAGAAAGUCACCGGGGCCCAGGAGUGAGAUGGGCCAACCCAAAGCUAGUGAAGAUCACUCCCUGUUAUGCACUCAGACAUCAACUGCCUUCAACACGUGGGAAUUCCUUUUAUAUCAAAGACAAUCAGAGUUUUAUUUUU